AAAAUGCAAAUACUUGGAGCAGAAGAUAUGCGGAGAGAUGCUACGAGUUAAGAUGAUCCAUAGAUUUUAUUUAUUAGUUUUAUGAUUUUAUAAUAAAAUUGCUACACUCAAUAAAAUAUUGUAGUACUUAUUAUUAUUUUUCUUUCAAUUUUAAUAUUAAUAAAUAUUUUAUUCGUGAAAUUUUUAAAAUAUACAUUUCAACAAUUUCAUAGAAUUUAGAGGAAUUAGUAUUCUAUCAAAUUUAUGUAUACUCCUUUAAAAUCCAUCAUAAAAAGAAUUGGAUGAAUGCAUUAAAAUCUCAUCAAUUCUUUUAAAAUACUGCAGAAGCUUUUACUUAUGAAUUCAUUCAAAUUCAAUUACAUUCCUGGAUUCAAAUUUAUUUUAGUUGUGUCAUUGGAGCGUGGGACAUAUGUUUUUUUUGUCAAAGAGUGAAGCAGAGAUGUAUUUGGAAGAAGAUCAUAUAAUAUAUUUGAGAUGGCUUAUCGAUGGAUUAAGACUCGCUUGCUCUGCUUUCUUAGAAUGUGUUAGCUUUGGAGUUUGUCUAACGAUAUCUAAUAAUAUGGGGGUGUUGACAAUUAUUAUGAUGAGUUGUGAUAUAAGAACAUGGAGCGAGACAUUUGUUCGUAACUGCACCAUAAUUCUUUGUUACUAGGGAAUUUUUCCAGAUAGAUAUUUAGUAGAUUUCAUGAAUAUACUCUGUGUUUUUAACUAUAGGAGUCCAUUCACCAAGCUGUCUAAUAUUUUAAUCAUUUCUUAUCCUUAAUAAAAAAUGCUUGUCACCACGAACCUGGGGCUAUGUUUCUCGUUAAAUCAUAAAAUAAACUAAAUAUGUAAGUUGUUCUAAAAUUUCAAAAACGUCUCAGACAUAGCUAUUUCUAGCAAUGUGUUCGACUGUUUCGACAUUAUCCCAUUGAGUAGUUUUGCUUGUUGCUAUGAAAACUCGGCUGCUAUCCCAAACUGUUUCCUGCAAUGUAUGUUAGAAAGUCAAGCUGAUAUAUUAAAUUAGACAAUGAAUUCUGGAGAGAGAUAAACUUUUUUUUUUUGUUAUGUAGUCAAUGACAGAUACAACAACAAAUCACAAUAUAACCGACAAAACACAGAUAAAAAACUAAAAUUUGAUACUGAUAUGCUAUCAACAACACAAGAAGACUAGACACUAACUUCAAACUUGGAACGGCCAUGGGACAAUGGAAAUCCUUAGAUUCUCAUCAUUCUGCACCUUACCACUUUUUUUCAUCGCAACCCCUCCACGACAAUCACCACUGUCAACAUAAGCUUAAUACUUCAAGAAGAAAUCCAACAGUAACACGACUCAAUCAAGACAAAACAUCGCGGGCAUACGACAUGAGACUCCGAGGAAGUUAGACGUGUUGGUGAAGAUGAGAACAGAGACAGAUCCUUGGAAUAUAGCUGUGAGCACAGUGGUGACCUUGUGAGCUACCAACGGAUUCUGCCACAGGAAGAAGCGGUGCAGCCGGAGACCAAGGCUGCGAUGGUGGUGGCGUGGAGGAUGAUGAUGAGGAAGCCGCAGAUGGAAAGGAUGAGACGGAAAGAGAGUGUGAGGAAGAUGCAGCUUGUGAAACUUUUCAAACAGAUACAUCGUCUUCUUUCAAGUAAACAGAGAAAGAAAAAAACAAAUUUUCCUGAGCACUACAAUAAAACUAAGAAAUAAAACUUAUUAUUGUUAAAGAGAUAAUUAUAAAAAGAAUGAUUAUCCAAAGGAGAACAGAUGUCUUUCAUCUGUAAAAACAGUCACCCAUCACCUCUUGGUGAUUUUGUCUUCUUCUUUCAAGUUGGUCAGAAUUAACCGACUUUACCCAUCUAUAAAUAGUGCUUCUCUCCCUUUUGUAAAAAAUAGAUGAGCAAUAAUAAUUAUAUCUUUCUUUUACUCUCUCAUACCUUUCAAACAAAACACAAAGCUACUCUCUGUCUCUCUGGUUGACUCACACCAAGAAGAAAAUACAUAUAUAAUAAAUCAGUCAUUUUUCUAUCUCUCUUUAUUUUAUUCAACACGUUAUCAACACGAAGCUCUGACCAACUGAAGUUUAUCAAUCCAAAAGUUCUUAAACCAGCCGAGUUAUCAUGUCGAAUUUAACAAAGCUCGAAAUUAAUGCCUUGUAUAUUACGGGAAGUAAUUAUAUGACCUGGGCAGUGGGUGCAAAGAUGCACCUAAGAGGAAACUGGCUUUUGGAAACCAUCGGUAGUUCAAAAACGGUGUCGGAUGAGAAAAAAGCAAAAGCCAUGAUAUUUUUACGACACCACAUCCAUGAUGGUUUAAAGGAUGAAUAUAUUACGAAAGAGGAUCCUUGUGACCUCUGGAAAUCUUUAAAAGAGAGGUUCGAUCACCAAAAAUAUGUGAUCUUACCGAAAGCUAAACACGAGUGGAUCCAUCUCCGGUUCCAGGAUUACAAAAGUGUUAGUGAGUUUAAUUCCGCGAUGUACGGAAUUACUUUGAGGAUGAUGUUAUGUGGAGAGAAAAUAAGUUAUUAUGAUAUGAUCGAGAAAACUCUCUCCACGUUCCAUCCUGAAAAUGUAAUCCUGCAGCAACAGUACCGGGUGAAUGGAUAUACCCAUUACUCGGAGUUGAUGCAAAUUCUCCUUGUAGCGGAGCAGAAUAAUCAACUCGUGACUUUAAACCAUCAAGCUCGUCCCACUGGAUCUGCUCCAUUCCCGGAAGCGAAUGUUGCAUCAUCCAGUUAUGAUAAUAGAAGAGGACGAGGUCGUGGACGUGGUGGAAACCGUUAUCAUGGUCGUGGAAGAGGACGAGGAAGAAGAUUCCGUUCCUAUGAUGAAAGAAAUAAUAAAGACUUCCACGAAAAUGAAAGGAAUGAAAAGGGCCAGGAUGAUAAAAGGCAAACAAGAAAAGUUUGCUACAGAUGCGGUAUGAAAGGUCGUUGGGUACGUAGUUGUCGUACACCAAAACAUUUAGCCGAUCUGUAUAGAGAAUCCCAAAAGGGAAAAGAGAAAGGAAGAGGUGAAACUAAUUUCAUCUCUGAUGAACCUGGGCCAUCCUUUCAUGGUUUAAACGAUGAUACUCAUCUCGACGUGUCAGACUUUCUGGUUGAGCCAGAGAGUAUCAAUGAGUGAUAUAAAUCGAUGUGAUAUAAGUAUACUGUAUUAUAUUAUCUAUAUCUUUUGUUGUAAGAUAUAUGUUAUGUUUGUUUGAUGUUUAAUAAUAUAUGUUUUAUGAAUAUUUUAUAUUCAGAAAAUGUCAAACUUUGAGACUAUGGAUGGAGAUUUGUGUUUUGCAGAUAGUGCGUCAACGCACACGAUAAUUAAAGAUAAUAAAUAUUUCUCCAGUCUCAAAAUAAGAGAUUACGCUGGAAGCGUAAGUACAAUAUCUAGUAAUGCAAAGAUUAUUAUGGGCUCAGGAAGAGCGAAAUUUUCAAUGCCAGGGGGAACGAUAUUUGAAAUAAGUAAUGCAUUGUAUUCCCCCAAGUCUCAUAGUAACUUGUUAAAUUUUAACGAUAUCCGAAGAAAUGGAUAUCAUAUUGAGACUAUGAGUAAAGAUGGUAUUGAAUUUCUUUGCAUUAAGUCCGAGAGGAAACAUAUAUUGGAAGAGUUAAAAAUGUUAUCCUCUGGACUAUAUUGUACGAAAAUAACCAUGACUGAGUCCUAUGCCGUGGUAAACAUGAAGUUUACUGAUACAUUUAAAAUAUAGCAUGAAAGGCUAGGACAUCCUGGUUCAGUCAUGAUGAGAAAGAUAGUGCAAAAUUCGAAUGGCCAUCCAUUAAAAAACGGAAAAUUUUUGCAAACGGGCGAGUUUACAUGUAAUGCAUGUUCUCAAGGAAAGCUUAUAACUCGGCCAUCACCAGCAAAUGUAGGCAAUGAAUCACCAAUGUUUUUAGAAAGAAUAAAUGGUGAUAUAUGUGGGCCGAUCCACCCACCGUGCGGGCCGUUUAAGUAUUUCAUGGUAUUGAUUGACGCAUCUAGUAGAUGGUCAAGUGUGUCUCUUUUGACGACACGAAACACGGCUUUCACAAAGUUCAUUGCCCAGAUAAUAAAGCUGAGAACGCAGUUCUGAGAGUAUGCCAUUAAGAAAGUAAGGCUUGAUAAUGCUGGUGAAUUUACAUCGCAAGCCUUUUGAUGAUUAUUGUAUGUCAAUGGGGAUUGAUGUGGAGCAUCCAGUCCCCCAUGUGCAUACACAAAAUGGCAUGGCCGAGUCAUUGAUAAAACGGUUGCAGUUGAUUGCAAGACCGUUAGUCUUGAGAACAAAGCUCCCAAUUUCUGUAUGGGGUCAUGCUAUAUUGCAUGCGGCUGCACUAAUUCGAUUAAGACCAAGUGCAUAUCAUAAGUACUCCCCAUUACAAUUGGCAUCUGGAAAAAGCAAGAUGUAUCCCAUCUCCGUGUCUUUGGGUGUGCGGUAUAUGUUCUGAUAGCUCCGCCACAAAGAACAAAAAUGGGCCCACAAAAGAGAUUGGGAAUAUAUGUGGGUUAUACGUCACCAAGUAUAAUAAGAUAUCUGGAACUAAUAACUGGUGAUAUGUUUACGGCACGAUUUAUCGAUUGCCAUUUUAGUGAGGAUGAAUUUCCAGCAUUAGGGAGAGGAAUUGGUAAAAUUCCUCAAGAGAUUACAUGGUGUACACCAUCGUUGUUACACCUUGAUCCCCCUACGAAUCAAAGAGAACUGGAAGUUCAGAAAAUUGUGCAUUUGCAUAAUUUGGCAAACCAGUUACCAGAUGCGUUCACAUAUACGAGAAGGGUGACGAAGUCAUGUAUACCCGCUGAAAAUGUUUCAUCAAGAGUUGAUGUUCCCAAGGAACAAACUGAUGGAAAUAAAAUGAAUGAACCUAGGGUUCAGUUAAAGAGGGGGAGACCAGGGGGUUCUAAAGAUAAAAAUCCUCGAAAGAAAAUAAAAUUGGAUGAACAAAGUAAGGUUCUAGAAGAACCUGAUAUUGAAAGAUGUCUGAAAGAUGACAUAAAUAGAAAGGUUCCAGAAGAACCUUUUAAUGAAAAAUGUCUGAAAGAACGCAUAGAUAAAGAUAAUCCAGAUGACGAGAAGGGAACAGAAAAGUAUGAGAUUUCCAUCAACUACGCCCGAGAUGAAAAGAUAUGGAUCAGAAAUAAGAUAAAAGACGUUGAUGGAAUGUUCUCCUUUUCUGUGUCCAAAGAGAUCGAUCAUGAAGAUGAUGUUCCUGAUCCAAGGUCAAUUUUAGAAUGUCAGAAAAGACAUGAUUGGGAGGAAUGGAAGAAGGCCAUUCAAAUUGAAUUACUCUUCCUAAAUAAAAGAAAUGUCUUUGGAUUUAUAGUCAUAACGCCUGAGAAUAUAAAUCAUGUUGGGUAUAAGUGGGUAUUCGUGAGAAAAGUAAAUGAGAAAAAUGAAGUAACAUGAUAUAAAGCCCGAUUAGUUGCCCAAGGUUUUUCUCAGAGACCGGAAAUUGAUUUUGAGGAAACAUAUUCCCCGGUAAUGGAUGCAAUUACGUUUAGAUUUUUGAUGAGCCUAACAGCGUCUAAGAAUCUUGAAAUGCAUCUCAUGGACGUUGUGACUGCAUAUUUGUAUGGAUCGUUGGAUAAUCAUAUAUAUAUGAAGCUCUCUGAGGGAUUGAAAAUGCCUGAAGCAUUGAAGAAAAUUCCAGGGAGAUUUGUUCGGUCAAGUUACAGCGAUCACUAUACGGAUUAAAGCAAUCCGGACGCAUGUGGUACAAUCUCUUAAGUGAAUAUCUUUUGAGUAAAGGAUAUGUGAAUAAUGCGAUAUGUCCAUGCGUUUUUAUAAAGAAAUCGUCAUUUGGUUUUGUGAUCAUUGUUGUAUAUGUGGAUGACCUGAACAUAAUUGGAACUCAAAAGGAGGUUGAUGAUGCUCGAACUCAUAUGAAAGAGGAGUUCGAAAUGAAAGAUCUCGGCAAGACAAAAUUUUGUCUUGGGCUCCAGAUAGAGCAUCUCCGAGAAGGAAUAUUUGUGCAUCAAUCAAACUAUACGAAAAGGUUAUUGAAACGCUUUCGUAUGGACAAAGCGACUCCUUUGAGUACUCCAAUGAUUGGUAGAUCUCUCAAUGUUGAGAGUGAUCAUUUUAGGCCCUGCGAAGAUAACGAGUGAGUGCUAUCGGUGGGCUGUUGUAUCUUGCAGAACUGUACCAGACCAGAUAUAGCUUUUGCUACUAAUCUACUGGCGAGAUAUAGUUCUGCUCCUACUCGCAGGCAUUAGGACGGAAUAAAGCAUUUAUUCCGUUACCUUCAAGGUACAGUUGAUUUAGGGUUAAUGUAUUUUAGAAAACCCGAGUUUGGUAUGGUUGGUUUUGCAGAUGCAGGAUACUUAUCAGAUCCUCAUAAGGCUCGAUCGCAAACCGGCUAUGUUUUUACAAUUGGUGGAACCGCGAUCUGUUGGCGGUCCCAUAAACAAACUCUGGUUGCGACAUCUUCAAAUUAUGCAGAAACUAUUGCGCUUCACGAAGCAUGUCGAGAAUGUGUGUGGCUUCGGUCAAUGAGUCACCAUAUACAAGAAUCAAGCGGAAUAGUCAAUGAGAAAGAACCGACGAAAAUAUUUGAUGACAAUUCGGCUUGUAUCGCUCAACUCAAAGAAGGCUAUAUUAAGAGUGACAGAACAAAGCACAUCCCUCCAAGAUUUUUCUCGUACAUAUGGGAACUCGAGAAAAAUAAAGAAGUGGACAUCAAAUAUGUACGAUCAUGCGACAAACCAGCUGACUUGUUCACCAAAGCUCUUCCGACUACAACAUUCCGAAAACACGUCUACGAUAUCAGAAUGCGGCAUUUGCGUGACCUUUAACGAGGAAGCUAGGUCCACCAUUUUCAGGGGGAGAUUACGGCAGUGUACUCUUUUUCCCUUGUCAUGGUUUUUGUCCCAAUGGGUUUUUCCAUGACCAGGUUUUUAACGAGGCACUACGUAAUACAAGUUUGGAUAAUCAAGGGAGAGUGUUAAAGAGAUAAUUAUAAAAAAAAUGAUUAUCCAAAGGAGAACAGAUGUCUUUCAUCUGUAAAAACAGUCACCCAUCACCUCUUGGUGAUUUUGUCUUCUUCUUCCAAGUUGGUCAGAAUUAACCGACUUUACCCAUCUAUAAAUAGUGUUUUCUCUCUUUUGUAAAAGAUAGAUGAGCAAUAAUAAUUAUAUCUUUCUCUUACUCUCUCGUACCUUUCAAACAAAACACAAAGCUACUCUCUCUCUCUCGCUCUGGUUGACUCACACCAAGAAAAAAAUACAUAUAUAAUAAAUCAGUCCUUUUUCUAUCUCUCCUUAUUUUAUUCAACAAUAAUAUGGUUUAAGUAUCUUAUAGGUCACACCGGUCCGUCUUUUUUCAAAGCAAUUACGCAAAGCCAAUAACGGAGAUUUUACUUUCUAAAAUAUUUUUGGUCAGAUAUUUGAAGUACCUCAAAAUGAAAUUGUAAUUCAUAGUUUGGAGAAGUUGGAAUCGGUGGUGACGUUAUGGUGAUCUUGUUGUUAUCUCACGUAAUGGAAACAUAGUCAAUAAGAGCCCUGAUGAUUUCGACCACAUUUAGAUGUUUAAUCAGUUUCAUUGUCUAUAUUUCUGUUUUAAGCCGCACAAGAAAAAUAGACGUAUGCCCAUUAUAUAUCUUCUAGAUCUUGCUCAUAACAGUACUAUUUUCUCGGAUUUAAGAACCAAUUUGAAAGAAAAGAAGUUACGCCAGUUUAAAAUCAUAUACAUACCAUGAUAGAUUUUAAAAAGGAAGAAAACUAGCCAGCACUCUUCUGCUCCUAUUAACCAUCUUAGGAUCCUUCUUCUUAGGAAAAUGCCUUGGUGCAGGCUCAGGCAAUGUCAUAGAUUCAUAAACCUGAUAAAAGCAUAGCGACUAAUACUAUUGAGUAAAACAAAAUCUACACCAAGUAAAGAGGAGUUCUUUGUAAAAAGAAAAUGUAAGUGGAUAUUGAUUACCUUCUUGGUCCCUCUUUGUUCAGCAUCCCUCUGGGACCAACUUCAACGAUGCUGGACAUAUAGCUUCUUGUCACUUUGAUCUUCACCUUCAACCUGAGUCUCCUAAUAAUAAUUUAAAGAAAAAAAAAACACUUCGUAUGAUCUAUUACUGAGAAUAUAUUACUUUCUGAAGAGAAACCAUGUUAGUCUUAGCGUACCUUAACAACGGCGGAAGAAAGUCUCCACUUAGCAGGAGGCUCAUCUUCUGCGUCAUUCCUCUCAGCCUUCAAAAUCAGAUAAUCUAUAAACACAGUUUAUUCCAUCUCAAAGAAGAGAAAGAUAGGGAAGCCAAAGGAAAGUACAAUUACAGGUCGAAGAAAGCCUCUCGGGAUUGUGCAGGGAGCAGCACCUGAGAGUUAUCCUUGGCGGAGUCAGCAAGUAUCACGAAGCCUCUCCGUAGUCUGAUUACGAUAUAGAACUGCCUUCAAAAAUAGAAUGGAACGUAGACUUAAGUAAAUACCAUUAACGUCUUCUACACCAGUCUUCAGUUCAGAAUGCGAAACCUGCAAUGGCGCCAUUGUGGAUUACUAUGAUUUGAAGCAAAAGGAAAUAUCGAGUAUGGUGCAGUGAUGAGAAUAACACAGAGAAACUUGCCUAUUUGCAGGAAUGAGUUCCUUUUCGUGAAAUUCAUCACUUCGACGGAGUUUAGGUUAAUAAUUAAUUCGAGGGAGUGGUGGAGUGGUGAAGAAGACGUUAAUGGUUGAUUAAUGUCUUCAAGUGACUAUAAAUGAAAACGUUACAAAGACGACCUCCGGAAUCGGUGAAAUGCAAAGAACCAUGGCCUCUGUCUCUCCAACUCCAACUCAUAAAAAGAAAUAAUCUCUAAUCUAAACUGGCAUUUUCAGAUUAAAAAAGAAAGCCCACAUAUUUAAUCAAAUUACAGGCCAUAGCCCAGACUUAAAACAAAACGACGAAGACAUGAGAACUUUUGACAUUCCGCCACGUGUCAAGAAAAGAAACAUCUUUCGCUGAGGUAGCAGACUGAGAAGUGACAAAACCCAAUUUAUUGUAAUAGAUAUGAACAAGAACAUCAUUAACACUGAGGUAAGUAUUUCAUAGUAACAAUAAUAAUUAUUUAUAAAUUAAUUAGAUAAUUUUAAAUGACAACAAAUUAAACUAAAUAGACAAUGAAAAUGUUACGCGAACAAUUUGUAUUUUUAUAAAAUUUUCAAAUAAGAAUUGUUUUUCAACCUUUUCUUUGCCUUCUUUUUCGAUCUUUUAUCAAUCAUUUAUUUUUGAAAGACUGAUAAUAAUAAUAAUAAUAAUAAUAAUAAUAAUAAUAAUAAUAAUAAUAAUAAUAAUAAUAAUAAUCUGAGUAGUGUUCUAACACCAUUAGUUACAAAUACAAUACAAAAGACCAUUUAAAGAUGUGGAUUUUGUCAAAUAAUUUUCAAAAUCAGGAUAUUUGGAUUGAAACUUGUUUUUGAUCAUCACAACAACUCACAGCAUUUCACCGCAACAAAACGCGACGUGUGUAAGAAAUUAAAAAAAAAAAGCGUGAGAAACACAUAUAGCACAGCGUGUCGACACGUGGCGCGAAAAGCACCCAUCUCGUUGAUGUCGUGGAAGCUUGUGGAGAGAUCAUGAGCUGACUUUAUUAUUAUAGAUAAAUAUGAAUAAGAGCAUCAUUAACAUAGAGGUAAGUAUUUCAUAGUAACAAUAAUUAUUAUUUAUAAAUUAAUUAGAUAAUUUUAAA